AUGCGUAGCUGGAGUUUUACCCGGUUAAGAGGUACCUCUGGUAUCACUGUGGAGUCUGAGUUGACAAUUCGCCGCAACUCGAUUCGGUUAGUGUGGAGGGCAGGCUGCACAGCCCGCAGCCCGCAGCUCACGGCCCACGGCCGCAAAUACAAGAAAGAAAGAAUCAAAACUUGUGACUUUGACACCGUUCCCCGACCCCCAGCCUCCCCCGACGCCGAUAUUAACACACCUCGUCACCUUGACUGCAACAACCUGGAUGUUACAACCAGCCCGGCGUUCAACUCGACUUCUCCCAACCUUACCUUGAUUGCUCUUCCUUGCUUCAACUCAAACCCUACCUUCUCUUAUUUGCCUCCACUGCUUACACCUCACAAAAGGCACUUGCACCCAGCACUGCCAGUACUUUGGUCCAAGCUUUGGGCCUGCGCAAACGCAACACGCAUAUCCCCGGGCCCCCGGUCCCUCGAACCCCGAAUCGUCAAUCUCCACAACUACAACUUAGCCAGUCUACCCCGAAACUUCGACACCAUCAUUCACUUCAUUUCUUUUCUUCCUUCCAUUCCCAUCUGCCUCAUUCAACUGCCCUUGGCGCCUGUCAACACCUUAAAGACAACCCCGCCCCCAGCUUUCUUCAACACUUGCACCACGUCAAUAAGAUUGCCUUCCUGUUAUGCUCCUCGGCCCCUUAUAUUUGAGCCCCCACGAGACACAGACGUCGACGUCAACAUUGACCCCCCAGUUGACGACACAGUGGGACCCCGCCGACCUGAUCACUGCUUUGGCACCCAAUCGUCAACAUCCUCAACUGUCGCCAACAUGCCUCCGAGAAGAUCACACAAAAAGUCGAGAGCCGGCUGCAAGCGUUGCAAGUCGCGCAAGAUCAAGUGCGAUGAAGUCCACCCAAGGUGCGGCAACUGCCUCAAGCACGGCGUGCCGUGCGACUUCGAGAACCCCGACAUGUUCGACGAACUCCUCACCGCCCUCACACCCUCGAAUACCCAAUCGUCACAGUCUCCCAUUGACAGAGCCUCGUCCACAGCACCAUCCCCAUCAGCACACCGGGCAAAGACUCCCUCUUUUUCUGGCUCACCACCUGCCAUGAACUGCUCACCGCUCUACACCACUCCUUCUACUGCUGCCGUAUCUGCCACGACGACACCUAAUAAUCGACUUCUCGAGUUACGGUUGAUGCACCAAUUCACUUCCAUGACCUCCCGUACGCUAGUGGUGAACACACCCGCCACGCAGGAUAUUUGGACAAACACGGUUCCGAGGCUGGCCUUCGGCGGUGCCACCUACCUGGCGGAUGCUAUGCUUGCCGUUGCUGCAUUACACCUGCGCUCUUUCAAUCCAGACGACAGGGCCCUCAUCAGAGCAUCUCAUUCGUACAUGGCAUCUUCGCUAGCGGCAUAUUGCACAACUUUGCAAAACGGCAUUACUGAGGCCAACGCAGAGUCUCUCUUCCUCACAGCAGCUCUGAUUGCUUUCCAGUCAACAGCUACACGAAUCUUUAUCCGCGACGAAGCCGACCCGAGCGACCCUUCAAGCGCCUAUUCUCUACCACUUUCUUGGUUCCACGCUUUCCAGGGUGUCAAAACGGUCGUGGCAACAUCUUGGCCUUGGAUUCGCAAUAGCGGCGUUGUCAUUCCCAUCAUCGACUCGCAACCCGUCCUCCAGCUGGAUCUCGAUGCGACCUCGCCCACCUCUUUCUUUGGAAAGUUGCUCGACAACUUGGACGAGGAGCUUCAAACCGAAGACACUCUUAUGGCUAUGUCAACUAGGCAAUCGUACCAGCAUGCUAUCGCCGUUCUCAACUGGGCACACAAAUUGCCUCAUCGCGGUGCCGCCCUCGCUUUCCCCGCCACCGUGUCAAAGCGCUUCAUUGAAUUGCUAGAAGAGCGUCGACCUCGCGCCCUGACAAUUCUUGCUUGCUUCUUCGCGCUGCUGAAAGGAUUCGAGUCAGCAGUGUGGUGGCUAGAUGGUGUUGCUCGGAGAGAAGUCAUGGGCAUUGUCUCCCAGUUUGAAGCCACAAGCCCUUGGUGGGAGCAUCUUGAGUGGCCCGUGCGGAUUGCACUCUACAAGAACACCAUCAUUCCACCAGAAGUCUGGGGUUCAGACUGGGUUACCGAGGAAAGCAAGGCAGAAAAGGGCCACAACAUGACUGCCGAGUCCUUUGUGAACCACAUCGAAAUUCUGACUGGUGUUUUUCAAAAAGCACAGCAAAUCCCGGUGACGGGCAUCACAGUCCCGGCGAACGCAGUAUUGGCCGAUCUUGACGGCGCGAGAAGUGUACAUAAGAAUGGAAUGGUAGGAGUCACGGAUAGUAGGAGUUUCAUGUGGCAAGGCUGCGGGCCGUUCAGAGGAAAGGACGAGACGAGGAUCUAUCAUCAUCACAACACAUAUGGGUCAGGAUUUUAUGAGGGACUGUGGUCAAGCAUUUUCGCGGGAAUGGAUGGGACAGCUCAGGCAGAGCAUAUCUUUGACACAUUUCUAGCAUAUGAAUUUGAUGACAUCACGGAUUGGACUUUUUUGAGAAAUGGAAACAAGGCCGGACAAGUUUUCCCUGUGACGAGGGACCACCCCUGA